AUGGCGGACGACGAGGUGCACCAAGGCUUGUCAGCGGCAAGAGCACAUGAGAUGAUGGAGAUGGCAAAGGCGCAGAAAACAGGAACACAGCUGCGACAGACCAGCGUCAAGGCCACAGGCCUCCUGGAAAACCUCAAGUCGACGCUCAUUCACAUGGCAGACAUGAAGAGAGCCGCAAAGUACUGUAAAUCGAUCGAUCAUUUGCAGUCCGAGGCCAAGCUUCCGCGGUUCGUCAUUGGAGUUCUUGGCGACACAGGUACCGGCAAGAGUUCUCUCAUCAAUGCAGUUCUGGAUGAGGAGCGUGUAGUUCCUACCAAUUGCAUGCGUGCAUGCACUGCAGUCAUCACCGAGAUUUCUUACAAUACCGAAGAGGACGCAGGGAAGAAGUACCGAGCGGAAAUCGACUUCUUGUCGCGGGCCGAGUGGACCCAGGAGCUCUUGCAGCUUCACCGAGACAUCCUCGAUGAUAACGGAAAGAUCUCCAAGGACACCCGAGACGAGAGCAGUGAUGCCGGUACUGCCUAUGCCAUCAUUCGCUCUGUGUAUCCUGACUUGACUCCCGAAGAGCUGGAACAAACUCAUCCAACCGCUCUUGCUAGUCGCCCGGUUUUGCAACCUGUCCUAGGAAAAACCAUGACGAUUGAGGAGAAGACGUGUGACGUUUUCUACGACAAAGUCCAGGCUUACGUCGAUUCCGAGGACAAUGGCAACUCCCAGGUCCCGACCAUUGCAUACUGGCCGCUCGUGAGGGCUGUUCGGAUCUUCUUGAAGUCAAAGGUUUUGUCGACUGGUGUCGUUCUCGUCGAUUUGCCAGGAAGUCGCGAUUCCAACACCGCGAGAGCAGCAGUUGCUGCCAAGUACACCAAGGAGUGUACAAGACUCUGGAUCAUUGCGCCGAUCACUCGAGCUGUCAACGAUAGGACGGCCAAGACGUUGCUCGGUCAGCACUUUAGACAGCAGCUGAAGUUCGACGGUUCAUACUCCAAUAUCACGUUCAUCUGCACGAAGGCCGAUGAUGUUGCCCUUGGCGAGGGAGCCGAGACUCUUGGCAUCAGAGACAAUAUUCAAGAGAUGCAUCGUCGCUGGAAGGAAAUCAAGCCGGAGAUCGACGCCACGAAGAAGAAUCUCAAGAAAUUGGAGGCGCACAAGUCGAAUCUUCACGCCGAGAUCAAAAUUGCGAGCAACGAAAUCGACAACUGGCAUGGCAUCUACAACAAGGCUAUGAGCGGAGAACGUGUAUUUGCUCCGUUCGAGUCCCCUAGAAAGCGCAAGCGUCAUACAGAAGAUGAAGUCCGAAAGAAGGUCAAGAAGGAGGUCGAGUACAGCGAUACGGAAGAGUCCAGCGACGAGUCGGACGAAGAAAUGCCGUCUCAGCAAGACGACCAUCGUGAACCCUUGACCGCGGAAAUGGCUGGCGCCAAACUUCAGGAGCUCAAGGACAUGAAAAAGUCCCUCAGAGAUGAGAAGAAAGAGGUUAGCAAGGAAGUGAGCAAGCUGAAAUCUGCCAUCGCCGAUCUCACCGCCGAGAGAUCGAAGGUGAACACGGAGAUGCAUCGGCUGUGCAUCCAAGGACGCAACAAGUACUCGCGAGAGGAAAUCCAGAAGGAUUUCGCUUUCGGUCUCAAAGAGCUGGACGGCGAGCUGCUUGCCGAGCAAGCUCAGAGCGACGGACAACCGCCCGAGGUUGCUGAUAUUGACUACGAGAGAAUCGGACGGGACCUGCCGGUCUAUUGCAUUAGCAGCCGAAGCUACCAACAGCUUCGAGGCCGCAUGAAGAAGGAUAGACGUGUCGCCGGGUUCACUACCCUCGAGGAGACCGAGGUUCCAGGCCUCCAAAGGCACACGCUUGAGUUUGCAGCAGCUGUUCAAGAUGGCUACUUUAAGAGUCAUUUGAACGAAAUCUGUCGCUUGCUCAGAGGCAUAGACUUGUUUCUCGCUGGCGACGAAGCCACGCUCAAGAUGUCGGAUGCUGAAAGACAGGAGGAGUGCGAGUUUCUCGAGAAAGCUGUGGGAAAGCUGAGGAAGACUCUCGAGGAGUCUGUAGCGAGCUGCAUGCAGGACUGCGAAACGUCUGCCACGAAGGUGCUCAAGCGAUUGCCAAAGGCUGCUAGCAAAGGUUCUGCUGCGGCCGUGGCCAUGGCGAAGUCCUGGAGCGCAUCUCCCGAUGCCGGUGUGGUGUUUAAGGGUGCUGCUGGUCCUCGUGACUUCAACGAAGACCUUCUGAAGGCCAUGAAGAACACCUAUGCCCAGUCCUGGGACGAGUCUUUCAAUAAGCGCUUCCCGGAGCUCCUGGACAACCUUACUCUUACCUGUGAUCGCAUGGUCGGCGCCUUUCAAGCUUGCAUGAAGGGUCGACGCUUUUUGACUGACAACACCGACUUGGUCCAAUCCAUUCUCACCAAGCACGUUGCUGCCAUGAAGGAAACCCAGAUCCACAUUGCGAAGCAGCACAAGCAAUUCACCCAGGAGCAUCAGCGAGGUGCCAACCGUAUGCUGUAUCCGGCCAUUGAAGGCGCCCUGCGAGGUACCUACGGAUACUGUGCUCAAGUAAAAGGUGGCGGUGCAUUCAUCACCAUUCGCAGUACCAUGGAGAAGGAAAUCGAGAAGAAGCGGGCGACAAUGUUCUAUGACGCUGCCAGCGACGCCGAUAGUGCAGUGCACACUCUUCUUGAAGGCUUGGAGGAGAUGGUGCGCCGCAACGUCACCACCGUGAUCAACAUCAUCGAGCAGGACUACACUAGUCUUAUCGGCACUGUUGCUACCGAGGCGGACAAGCGUGACCGGAAGAUGUUGGCUCCCGUCAUGAACGUGUUCUACCAGGAGUUGCUUGUGGCCCUGAGCGAGCCCGACGAUGACGACAAGGGAGGCGAAGAGGUUGUCAUCGACAACAAGAAUGUCGACGAGGACGAGGAUGACGACGGCGAUGGAGAUUAUCACGACAGCGAGUAA